AUGGCGGUUUCCAGCUCUAGUGAAGAGGAGGACCGUCGGGAAGAUAAGCGAGACCGGAAGAGAAGGAGCUUGAGCAAGGAGGAUAAGCCUCGGAUCGAAAAGAAGGACAGGAAGGAUCGCGAGCAGAAGCGUCGUAAGCGACGACGACGCGAAUCCAGCGACUCCAGCGACUCCAGCGACGGCAGCGAUGACAGCGGAUUAGAAGCUUCAAGCAGUGGAUACAGCAGCGACGAGAGCGAGAUCAGCAGGAGGAAGAAACCGCGAGAUAAAGAGGGGAAGAGUCGAAAUAGGAGUCGUUCGAACAGCAGCAGCGAUAGCGAUGGAUCGGAGGACAGAUAUUCCAGUGAAGACGACAGGAGUAAACGGAAGUCAAGAUUGUCUAAGACAUCCGGCAGCAAGAAGAAGAGUAGCAGCCGUCGUGACCGUCGCCGAUCCAGCAGGGACAGGCGGUCGGACAAGAAGGGCAAAAGCAAAAGGCGAUCAUCAGACAAGAAGGGAUCCAAAUCUUCUGGUGAAGCAACACCGGGCCCAGUGCAGCUCUCACAGUUCCUUGGUCGUGACGAUGGCUCCACACGCUACAGUGUCAUAUCUGGCAAGAAGAUUCGCAUGAAGGUGGAUAAGACAAAGGACGACAAGGUAGCUGAAGCUAAUCGUUCUGAGCUGCUGCGCUUCCUGAAUUCAAGCUACGACUAG